AUGGCAGCGGAAGGGGAGGGAGGGGUGGUCGUGGGGGGCCGCCCCCCCGUGUCGCGUCACGCCUCGUCACGCACAAAGGGCCGGAGCCCCCCGGCACAGCCCCCCGCCCAUGGCGCGGUAGCGGGGCCCGGGGGCAGCGGCGGCGGCGCCGGGGGGCUGCGCAGCGCGUCCCCGCACCGGAACGCCUACGAGGCCAGCAUCCAGGCCCUGGCGCCCACAAAGGAGGCCGAUGGCGAGGACGGCAAGAAGAGCCGCGGCAAGAAGUAUGGCUCCAACGUGCAUCGGAUCAAGAACAUGUUCCUGCAGAUGGGGACGGCGCCCGGCCCCGAGGGCGCCUGCGACCUGGCCAAGGCCAAGGAGAAGCCGGUGCGCCUGUCCCUGCCCCGCGCCGGCAGCCUGGGCGACGGCGUGGACCAGGGCAGCCUCCUCAAGCUGGGCACCAGCGUCUCGGAGCGCGUCAGCCGCUUCGACUCCAAGCCCGACAAGCCCUUCUCCAAGCUGCAGGAGACCCGCAAGAUCUUCGAGAGGAGCCCGCAGGAGAAGGCCACCAGCACCAAGCUGCUGCUGCGCAAGGAGCGCGCCGGCUUCCAGGACCGCAAGCUGGACGUGGUGGUGAGGUUCAACGGCAGCACCGAGUCGCUGGACAAGCUGGACGCCGACGCCGUGUCGCCCACCGUGAGCCAGCUCAGCGCCGUCUUCGAGAAGGCCGACCUGAGGAACAACCUGCACAAGGCGCAGGGCCGCGUGGCCGCGCCGCUGGGCGCCAAGGCGGUGGCCAAGCGGCCCAGGGUGUUCGCGCCUGGCACCAGGGGUGACGCCCCGGCCGACGGCCACGCCGCCCCGGCCCGUGCCCGGCCGCCCGACGAGGACAAGGCGGCGGGGAAGAGCGGGCGGCCGGCAGAGAAGGAGGCGGCCGCGCCGAGGGUGCAGGAGGUCUGCAAGAUCAAGCCCGUGGAGGUGGAGGAGAGCGGAGAGGGCGAGGAGGAGGAGGAGGCGGCGGGUGAAGCGGUGCCCGCGCCCCAACCUGCCAAAGGGGACGAGGGUCCCGCGGCCCCCCGGCUGGACGGGGGCUCGGGGGCGGCCGCGGGCGAGGAGGGCGUCAAGGGCGAGCGGGCGGAGGAGGGCGAUGGCUCCGAGGAGGCCAAGAAGGAGGACUUCUCCGAGGCCGACCUGGUGGACAUAAGUGCCUACAGCGGGCUCGGGGAGGACUCGGGGGGCAGCGGGCUGGAGGAGGAGGAGGAGGCCGAAGGGCUGUACGAGCCCGAGUCGGGCUGCGUGGAGAUCCCGGGGCUGUCCGAGGAAGAGGAGCCCGUCCCCAACCGCAAGAUCCAGUUCAGCACGGCCCCCAUCCAGGUGUUCAGCACUUACUCCAACGAGGAUUACGACCGCCGGAAUGAGGACGUGGAUCCCAUGGCGGCCUCGGCCGAGUACGAGCUGGAGAAGAGGGUGGAGAGGCUCGACCUCUUCCCCGUGGAGCUGGAGAAAGACUCGGAAGGGCUGGGCAUCAGCAUCAUCGGGAUGGGCGCGGGGGCCGACAUGGGCCUGGAGAAGUUGGGGAUCUUCGUCAAGACGGUGACGGAAGGGGGGGCGGCGCACCGGGACGGCAGGAUCCAGGUGAACGACCUGAUCGUGGAGGUGGACGGCACCAGCCUGGUGGGGGUCACGCAGAGCUUCGCCGCCUCCGUGCUCAGGAACACCAAGGGCCGUGUCCGGUUCCUGAUCGGGCGGGAGAAGCCGGGCGAGCAGAGCGAGGUGGCGCAGCUGAUCCAGCAGACGCUGGAGCAGGAGCGGUGGCAGCGCGAGAUGAUGGAGCAGCGCUACACCCAGUACACCGAGGACGACGAGGAGACCGGGGAGUACGCCACAGACGAGGAGGAGGAGAUGAGCCCCAUGUUCCCCAGCGGGGAGAUGGCCAUCGAGGUGUUCGAGCUGGCCGAGAACGAGGACACGCUGUCCCCCGUGGAGAUGGACCCCGAGAAGCUGGUGCACAAGUUCAAGGAGCUCCAGAUCAAGCAUGCCGUGACCGAGGCUGAGAUCCAGCAGCUCAAGAGGAAGCUGCAGUGCCUGGAGCAGGAGAAGGCGCGCUGGAGGGCCGAGAAGGCCCAGCUGGAGCAGAGCGUGGAGGAGAACAAGGAGCGCAUGGAGAAGCUGGAGGGGUACUGGAUGGAGGCGCAGAACCUGUGCCAGGCCGUGGACGAGCACCUCAAGGAGACCCAGGCCCAGUACCAGACCCUGGAGCGCAAGUACAGCAAGGCCAAGCGGCUCAUCAAGGAGUACCAGCAGAAGGAGAUCGAGUUCCUCAAGAAGGAGACGGCGCAGCGGCGGGUGCUGGAGGAGUCGGAGCUGGCGCACAAGGAGGAGAUGGAGAAGCUGCAGGAGAAGCACCGCCCGUGUCCCUCGGUGCCCGCCGUGCCCCCGGUGCCCCCGGCGCUGUCCGUUCAGCACCCCGCCCGUGCCCGCUGUCCCCCCGGUGCCCCCCCGGUGUCCGCUCGGCUCCGGGCGGGGCAGACCCCGCCCCCGCCGCCCCCGCCGUUUCCGGGUUCCUGUGCCCCCCCCGCGGCCCCCGGCCCGGCGGGGCGGCUCGGCAGCGCCCUCCGCUCCCACCGGCCCCGCCACCGGCCCGGCCCCGCCACCGGCCCGGCGGGAGGCGAGCGGGGCCCAUCAGGAUGCCCCAGGAGCGCGGGACCCCCUGCGAUGCCCCCGCAGGGCACUGAGGGCGAGGGCAGCCCCCCGGCCCCCUCGCCCUUCUCCCGCACCGAUGGCUUCUCCUUCGAGCCGGGGGUGGCACGGCCGGGCCUGGGGGACCCCCCGGCCCCCACGCCCCCCCUCAGCCGCUACCGGCCCCUCACCAACACCCCGUCCCAGGAGGGGCUCUCGGGCCCCCCCGCGCCCCAGUCCAGCUCUGACAGCUCCCCUGGCUUCGCCCGCCGCGACCCCCGGCCCCGGCAGCACAGCGAAGAUGACAGCCGGGACAUGAGCCCCCCCUCGCCCGCCAGCCCCACCGUGGGGCUCGACAAGAAAACGCGGAGGAAGUUCUUGGAUUUGGGGGUGACCCUGCGCCGGGCGUCCUCUGCGAAGAGCCGCAAGGAGAAGAGCAGCAACCGCCUGUCCAUGGGCAGCAGGGAGGCGGCGGAGGGGCCCGGCCGCCCCUCGGGGUCCCCGUUCCUGCCCUUCUCGUGGUUCUCGGACAGCGCCAGGGGCUCCGGCUCGCCCGGCCCCGCGUCCCCCGCGGGCUCCCCCCGGCACGAGGGGCUCAGCCCCGCCAAAUCCGCCUCGCAGGACUCUGAGCUGAGCGAGGAUUCGCCACCAUCCAGCGCCAGCCCCCGCCUGCCCGGCCCCCCCAGGUGCUCGUACCCCUACCACACCCUGUCCCAGUCCUCGGACGAGCUGCUGGAGGAGCCGGCGGGCGCGGCCGCGGGCUGGACGUGCGGCCAGGUGGGGCAGUGGCUGCAGAGCCUGGGCCUGGAGCGCUACGUGCGGGACUUCGCCGAGCGCGGCGUGGACGGGCCCCGCCUGCUGCUCCUCGACGGGGCCAAGCUCAAGGCGCUGGGCGUGGGCAGCUCGCAGGACCGCGCGGUGCUCAAGCGGCGGCUGAAGGAGCUGAGCCUGGCGGCCGAGCGGCAGCGCAAGGCCCGCGACAAGGCGGAAAAGCAGCGCGAGAAGCAGAGGAAGAAGGAGCAGGAGCAGCGGCGGAGCUGAACGCGGGGGUCCCCGCACCCCCUCCCCACCCACAGCCCCCCGGGGACACGGGGCACGGCCGAGGGACAGCGGCUCCCCCCGCGCCCCUUUCCGGAGGGCGCUUGGGCACCCCCAGCCCGUCCUGUCACCCCCACCUGUCACCACCCCACCCCGCACCGCUGGCACAGGAGGGGACAGGGCGUGGCCCGACCCCCUCCCCACAAGGGCACCCCCAAAUCGGGGGCGGGGAGUGAACCCCGGCCCCCCUCCCAGCCCCAAACGUGGCCCCCCGAGGCCACCCCAGGAAAUAAAAGGGUAU